UUCAGCUCAGCGGGAGGCCAAGUAGAUACAAAUGACUGUUUAACAUCAGCUUUGAACUGCACUGCAGCGCAGAAAUGGACCUCAGAAUUGGACCAGAAGUGUGUGAAGAGCACUGUGCAAAAUAUGAUUAAGCUCCGCAGCAUCGCUCCCAGGACUGAGCGGGGAAGAUGCCACCAAAGGGGAAGAAGGAAAAGGAGAAGCCUUGCAAUGAUAACUAUCACCCUGAGAAACAAGGGGAGGGUGUGGAGAACCUGAUGAGGACCAUUGACGUGUGUCGCAGCGUGGGCCUGGAGAUCAUCAACAGGACCAACACUGUGACACUGAGGGAUUUCAGGAGUUAUUGCUUCAGUGGCAAGAUACUGACCACUCUGCCCUUUGAAAUUGGCCCAGACUCCAAAGGAACGUGCCUCUUUGCAAAGACUCCCUACAGCCUGCGAGGGAGCGUUGGGAUCGUGAUCUGCAAGGCCGAUGCCUUCUUUUUAGCCAUCACCUUCUCCAACCCAUUCGACUACAUCCUUUACAAAAUCGAGUUUGCUUUGGAGAUCUUCACAGAGGAGAACCACCUGGGAAACCUCAGUGAUAUCUUCUCCAAAAUGAUGAAGAGCAAAUCGUACUGUGGCUCCUCACUUUUCCAGAGAGCUGUGCUAGGCUAUGAGCAAGAAACCCUGGAGGUCUCCAAGGAGAACAUUCGUGUCCAAGCCAAGAUGUCCAACUGCCAGAAAGCCGUCCUGAAAGUCCAGGUUGAAGAGAUGAGUCCACCACCCUACCACAAAGACAUGUGAGGGAAGAUAGGCACCACUGCUGCCAAAAAGAUCCUAUGGGAGAUAUUCAGCAAGGCUUCUCUAGUGAUGUUGGAAGGUGGUGGAUGGUGAUGAUGGAUCCCAUAGGAGAUGGAACCACCACCUCCCUGGCUUUGCUACAGAGCUAACAGUAUCCUUCAGCUUGCAAACCAGCUCAUGAUUGCAUAUGAUUAAGAAUAAACACAUUCUGACCCACA